UGAUGCAAUCGUCGCUAGCUAAACAAACAUGGCUCUGCUGCAUUAUCAGACUACAGAUCUUAAUGAUCGUAGGCAGGUGAAAAGGGGAAUAUGCGACAGUCAAUAAGAAACGUGCCAAACGUGAAGCUGUAGAUGGAGAGUUGAUAUGUUGUGAAGCUGGUUAGCUUAGUGUAGCGUUUUGUGACCGUGUUUACACACAGCUAAGUUAGCUCUCCCUUUUGGCUAAUGUAAGCUAGCAAAAUGGACCUUGGAACAAUGUUGUACAACAAUUUAAAAGAUGUUACAUGGAGCACGACGUCCUUGCCAUUAGAUCAACUGGUCAGUGCUUAUAGGCUGCCUCAAAUUGCCAAGCUGGACAACGGUCAGUUGGUUGAAGGGCUUAGAGACAAUGACUACCUCUUGAUUCAUUCCUGCCGUCAGUGGACGACUAUUACUGCUCACAGUCUGGAGGAGGGACACUACGUCAUUGGGCCCAAAAUAGAGAUCCCAGUACACUACGAAGGUCAGUUUAAGCUACUGGAGCAGGACAGAGAUGUCAAGGAGCCUGUGCAGUACUUCAACAGUGUGGAGGAGGUUGCCAAAGCAUUCCCUGAAAGAGUAUAUGUCAUGGAGGAAAUCACAUUCAAUGUUAAGAUGGCUUCAGGGGAAUGCAAUGAAGACACAGAAGUUUACAACAUUACACUAAGCACCGGCGAUGAACUGACAUUAAUGGGCCAGGCCGAGAUCCUCUAUGCCAAGACCUCCAAAGAGAAAUCAAGAUUCAACACAAUAUUUAAGAAGAUCGGGAAGCUGAACUCCAUCAGUAAGAUUGGUCGAGGCAAGAUGCCUUGCUUGAUCUGCAUGAACCAUCGCACCAACGAGAGCAUCAGCCUGCCUUUCCAGUGUAAAGGCAGGUUCAGCACGUGUAGUCCUCUGGAGCUUCAGAUGCAGGACGGCGAGCACACCAUCAGGAACAUUGUGGAGAAAACCCGCCUCCCAGUCAAUGUCACAGUACCCAGCAGUCCACCCCGCAACCAGUAUGACCUCCACCUCAUCCGUGAGGGUCAUCGCUAUAAGUUGGUCAACAUUCAGACAAAGACAGUGGUUGUGUGCUGCAUUCUACGAAGUAACAAAAUUAUCCCCAUCCAUUUUCCCUUUCACAUGGCCAUGCCUAGAUUUAUUAUUCCAGAGGAACUGCUGCAAGGGGAGCUGUGGCUAGACACUAUGGUACAUCGGUGGUUCACCUUCUGCCAAGAGCAGUUUGACAUAGACGACUAUUCUCGUGCCGUACGUGAUGUGCGGACAGACUGGAACGAUGAUGGAAAGAGCCCUAAGAGAAGUAGCGGGAAUGGUAGUUGCAGUGGAAGCAGCGGAGGCAGCAGCAGCUCCAACGGGUGUUCAAGCCACAUGCAGAUUCCCAGCUCUUUAACCUACGCCCGCGAUGAACUCACCCAGUCCUUCCACCGACUCUCUGUGUGUGUGUACGGCAGCAACCUGCAUGGUAACAGUGAGGUCAACUUGCAGGGAUGUAUGACACUAUGUGGAGAUUGGGCUCUUCUGCCAUCUGAUAGCAUUGCUUCAGACUCAGGAGAAAAUGAACACUUUUUCCCUGAGCUGCUGGACAGUACAAGCCAACAAACAUCCCUCAACAAGUCGGAUGUUCCCUAUGAGGAGCUGUGGUUGGAUCACUUGAGAGGCCAGAUUUCAAAACCUUCUUUAAGUGAGGUCAUUCGAGGCAUCAACAAUGGCUGUGGCACAACAGCAGCCCUAUCAUACCCAGUCACUUGUCCUCUUGGGGCAGUAACCAGUUCGGAUGCCUCUCUUACGCCACCACCGGUCCCACCCAAGUCUGAAGCUGUGAAGGAAGAAUGUCGUCUUUUGAACGCCCCACCAAUCCCUCCUCGAAGUUUGAAACAGAUGCCAUCGGUGCCCAUCCUGUCAAAGCCACGUCAGCAAGAGACUCGGUCUCCAAGUCCAACCCUCUCCUAUUAUUCUUCUGGUCUCCACAACAUUAGUGGAGCGUGUGAAAAAGAAGCACCCGACCCACAAGAGCCAAGCCGUGUGUGCUACCCCUGUACCUGGGGUAAAUCCAACAGCACUGAGCCAAGUGCUUCUCUGCCCAGUGGUAGCCUGCCAUCAGAUGGGAUGUCCUCGAGGUUGUCUUGGCCAAAUAACUUCAGUGGAGGAGAAUCACACUGCAUGGAGGAAUUUCUACCAGCCAGCUGUCGGAGUUACUACAGUUACCCAAGAAAGAGAUCCCCGAGCACCCCGAAAACCUGCACAUCAAGCCUUGUUGACUUUGAUGGCCGAGAGCAUGCACAGAGCAGUAAUGACUUCAGGUUGCAGAAUGCUUCUCUGAAUCAGUUCUGCACAAAAUCUUCAAGCUACAAUUCAGAGAUGUACAGAGACAAGCCAAUAGAAGAAUCUAACACUAAGCAGAGCCUCUCUUGCCCCAUCUUACCCCCGAGAACGCCAAAAUCUAAUGCCAUAAAAAAGUGCACAGACUUACUCUGUGACAGUGAGCAGGAGACUCCAAAUUGUUCACUUACUCAGCCUGAGCAGAGCACCAAAGAGAUUUAUUCCAUCUCUGACUCAUUAACUCUUAACUGUCCAUCCUUCUCUCCGACUGCACAGUGGCAGCCCCCAUCCAGCCUGGCUGGCCUUUCAAUUGAAGAGGUGUCCAAAUCUCUAAAAUUUAUUGGCCUGCCAGAUGACAUUGUUUCUCUCUUUGUCUCUGAGAAGAUUGAUGGGAAUUUACUGUUGCAGCUCACUGAGGAGAUUUUGUCUGAAGACUUCAAGCUAAGCAAACUGCAGGUGAAGAAACUCAUGCAGUUCAUAAAUGGGUGGAGACCCAAGAUAUAACUAACAGUAUAUGACACUAAAGCCUGCUGUAAAGCAGAGAGAGUCAUGCCUUCAGUAUAUAUGCUAUGCACACCAAGCCACAGAGUUUCUUUUGUAUAACAUGAAUUUAUUUCCUUGUUACUAUAUUGUGCGGAAGAUAGUUGGUUAAUACGUCCCAGCCCACUUAAAGUCUGUGACUGCUAUGUACUAACUGAAUGGAAUCAUUUGGCACUUUCAUGAAGAUAUUUUCAUGUCAACUACUUAGGACUUUUUUCACCCACAGCCUACUGGUGUUCAUGUCAUUACACAGACCAACAAAUUUAAAGAAAAACACUGAUGAGACAAGGACAGGAUCUCCUUGAUGAGGACAUUGUGUGAUUCUGGUCCUAUUUUAAGGAUUUUUAAAAGAGCGCAACCAGAGAAUGGGCUGUAGUAUAGAUUGUUUAUGUAACACAUGAAAAACAAUGUAAAAAAAAAACAACAGUGAUUUUACAAGUGGACAAACAGUUGGAAAUUUGGCUUUGGUAACAUCCCCCCAAAAUUAUCAUAUUAUAAUUUUCAAAAAAUUGAAUAAUAACAAGCUUAUAUCUCAAACUUGCAUUUAUAUAGUUAUGCAGUUAGUGACAUUUGCUGUAUGCAGUGUUUUAAUUCAUUUUGUAUGGGAUUCAUUCCUGCAUGGUUUUCACAAGGUCAGGGGACGUGUUAGAGAAGGUUACUACAAGUGCAUUUCUAAACGUCACAAAACAGUUGAUUUAAUUCCCAACUGUCAAAUGAAGUCAAGUCCACCAACUGCUAACAAGUAUUACGAUGUACUUGUGUUCUUUAAAAAAACCUUCCCCUUUCAGCUCUUCUUAAGCACAAAGCUUCAUCUACAUCAGUGAACGUUUGUUUUACUUUUCCAAAUGAUGAAAAAAAGUCAGUGAUGGAAACCAUAUUGUGUAGCCUGCAGUAUCAUACUGAUGUACAGUUCCUUAGAAAAUUAAUUUGAGAAAUGAAACGGGGGGGGGGGCUGUGGGGCUGUGGGGCUUUGGCAUUUUUAAAUAAGAAUUUGGUUUCCUGCUCUAAAUAGAUUGUGUCAGGUAAAAAGAAAAACAUUUAAUUUUUGAAGACAGGUUCUAAAAACAAAAUCAGCUUUUAAUGUUUACGGAGAAGUAGCUGACAUCUAUGUGAUAUGACUUAAAAGAGUUGGUUUACCCUCUGGUUUUAGAAGAUAAACGGUUGCAUGCAUUUAAACCAACGUGGGCUUUGUUAGUGAUAAGAAAUUGCAUCUGCAUUCUUGGUGUGAUUGUACACUACAGAACUAUGCUAAUUAAGAGUGAGCCAACUCAAAUGAUUGUCAUGGUCUCUCAAGAGGUGCAUUCUUAUGCAAGGUCUUAUUUCUAUUUGAUGCCUUUUUUUAAUAUUAAGUUAAAUUUCAACUAUAUUGCUACUUGCUUUAAUCUAGAAAUUCUCUAACUUGAGGUUAUUUAUAACUGCAAAUGAAUGAAUGAUGCCUAACAAAAUGAUGUCUUUACUCGAAGACUAACAUGGAAAUAACCAACAGAGGGAAUGACAAAUUACAUUCUACAUCGAAUACAAAUUAUGCAUCAAGCACUUUGGUAGAUUUCAGUCUUAUGAAUUACAGUUGUUAAAUAUAAACAUAUAAAAGAAGAGAGUCUAUGUAGAGAGAGUGAAUGCACUACAUGUUUUUUCAAAACUAAAAAGGUACGUCUUGUCUCCUCUGUUCUCAUUGUAUUACAAGUGUCCUCUAAUGCAAGAAACACAUAAAAGAGCUUUUCUGCGCCUUAACCCAGAGACCUUAAAAUAUGUGAUGUUUCAGUUUGGCUUAACAUUUUCAUUUUGCAGUCUCUUGUCAUGAGAAUAUUCUCUAACAUCUCAACGUGAACUGAGGGAAUGGUGUUGAGUGUGUAUUUCUUCAGACCCUCAGAGGCAUGUAAACUAAAGUUGAAAAUGAUCUGCUAUAAUGAAAUGUUGGUUUAUAUUUGGUACAUUUUUGUUCUAUAGCGUUGAUUCAGAGUUGAUUUAUUUAUGCAGUUAUUUAACAUAACGAUCAAUAUGCAAAACAGUUAGCUCCUUGACAAUUCUUAUGGAUGAUAUAUGAAGGUGCCUCAGCAAAAAUGGCAUCUAUACAACCCAGGUAAUCUGUUGGCCAACCGCUGUCGUUUUUUCUCCCCUGUCACUGUGCAGUGGGUUGUUACAUAUUUUACUUGAUAUUUUCAUUUUGUAUGUAAAUGCAAAUAUAAUGUAAUUUUUUUUUAAAGGAAGUGAUUACUAAUGUUGAAAUUAUUUUUAUUGAGAAAAAGCUUAUGUUCAAAUUUCCGUUCUUUUUUUAUCCUGCAAAACUUGGGUUAUACUUUUGUUUAUAAAUCCAUGCAUUAAAAUAACACUUAUACUGAUAAUGUUAAUAAGCCAUGUGUCCAGGUAAUUUUCCAGAUUCUCUUACAACUUAGUCCAGUACAGUACCCAUAUUUAUUCACGGGGAAUGACAUAGUGUCUCUUGAUACUAUUAUUAUGUGGCGGUUAAUGUCCUAUGCAAUACCCAUGGCACUCGAAAGAGAUCAUGGGAAGGAACAACAAAGAAAUUAAAGGGCAUGGAGUAUUAUGUGUGUUGAAAUUACCACAGUGUUAAUUUCAGGAGAAAAUCAUGCUUGCUUAAAGAAUUCUUCCAAGUCAGUCAUUUUACUUGAAUAAUUCUGAGAUAUAAACUGUGAACACACUACAAUAACCAGCCCAGUCCCAUUAACAUACAUCACCAUCAAGCAUCAGUGCUAAAGAGUAUUCCGUGUUGAUAAUGGCCAUCAGCUCUGGACUGAUGCUCAGAUGAGUUAUUGCCAUUUUUGUGCAAAAAGGAGGGAAAUGACUGUGACACUGGGUUUGAUAACAUCUGGAAUAGUAUUUGAAAUCUUGAGUUAUGAACAGUUAUCUUUCAAAUUAACUCCUGUUUCCCUAUUUUUGAUUGUAUAAUCUAUUAAAAAUGGAUUAACUGAU